GCGCCCGGAGCCCCGCGCUCCGCGCCCCGUCCCUGCCGCGCUCGCCCGGGCCGCCCGGAGCCCCGAUGAGCCCAGAUGGCCGGGGCUCAACCCGGAGUGCACGCCUUGCAACUCAAGCCCGUGUGCGUGUCCGACAGCCUCAAGAAGGGCACCAAAUUCGUCAAGUGGGAUGAUGACUCCACUAUUGUUACUCCAAUUAUUUUGAGGACUGACCCUCAGGGAUUUUUCUUUUACUGGACGGAUCAAAAUAAGGAGACGGAGCUGUUAGAUCUCAGCCUUGUCAAGGACGCCAGGUGUGGGAAACAUGCCAAAGCUCCCAAGGACCCCAAAUUACGUGAACUUUUGGAUAUGGGCAACAUUGGGCGCCUGGAGCAUCGCAUGAUAACAGUGGUCUAUGGGCCUGACCUAGUUAACAUCUCCCAUUUGAAUCUUGUGGCUUUCCAAGAAGAAGUGGCCAAGGAGUGGACAAAUGAGGUUUUCAGUUUGGCAACAAACUUGCUGGCCCAGAACAUGUCCAGGGACGCAUUUCUGGAAAAAGCCUAUACUAAACUGAAGUUGCAAGUCACUCCAGAAGGGCGUAUACCUCUUAAAAACAUUUAUCGCUUGUUUUCAGCAGACCGAAAGCGAGUUGAAACUGCUUUGGAGGCUUGUAGUCUUCCAUCUUCAAGGAAUGAUUCAAUACCUCAAGAGGAUUUCACUCCAGAAGUGUACAGAGUUUUCCUGAACAACCUUUGCCCUCGACCCGAAAUCGAUAACAUCUUUUCUGAAUUUGGUGCCAAAAGCAAACCAUACCUUACUGUUGAUCAGAUGAUGGAUUUUAUCAACCUCAAGCAAAGAGAUCCCCGGUUAAAUGAGAUACUUUACCCACCUCUAAAACAAGAACAAGUCCAAGUGUUGAUUGAGAAGUAUGAACCCAACAAUAGCCUCGCCAAAAAAGGGCAGAUAUCAGUGGACGGAUUUAUGCGCUACCUGAGUGGAGAAGAAAAUGGAGUUGUUUCACCUGAGAAACUGGAUUUGAAUGAAGACAUGUCUCAACCCCUUUCUCACUAUUUCAUUAAUUCCUCGCACAACACCUACCUCACAGCUGGCCAGCUGGCUGGAAACUCCUCUGUCGAGAUGUAUCGCCAAGUACUUUUGUCUGGUUGUCGCUGUGUGGAGCUGGACUGCUGGAAGGGACGGACCGCAGAAGAGGAACCUGUCAUCACCCAUGGAUUCACCAUGACAACUGAAAUAUCCUUCAAGGAAGUGAUAGAGGCAAUUGCAGAGUGUGCAUUUAAGACCUCACCAUUUCCAAUUCUCCUGUCCUUUGAGAACCACGUGGAUUCCCCAAAACAGCAAGCCAAGAUGGCAGAGUACUGCCGACUGAUCUUUGGGGACGCGCUUCUCAUGGAGCCACUGGAAAAAUACCCGUUGGAAUCUGGAGUUCCUCUUCCAAGUCCUAUGGAUUUAAUGUACAAAAUUUUGGUGAAAAACAAGAAGAAAUCACACAAGUCAUCAGAAGGAAGUGGCAAAAAGAAGCUCUCGGAACAAGCAUCCAACACAUAUAGCGACUCUUCCAGUGUGUUCGAGCCCUCAUCUCCUGGAGCCGGGGAAGCUGACACAGAGAGUGAUGAUGAUGAUGAUGAUGAUGACUGUAAGAAAUCUUCAAUGGAUGAGGGGACUGCAGGGAGUGAGGCCAUGGCCACAGAAGAGAUGUCUAAUCUAGUGAACUAUAUUCAGCCAGUCAAGUUUGAGUCAUUUGAAAUUUCAAAAAAAAGAAAUAAAAGUUUUGAAAUGUCUUCCUUUGUGGAAACCAAAGGACUUGAACAACUUACAAAGUCUCCAGUGGAAUUUGUAGAAUACAACAAAAUGCAGCUAAGCAGGAUAUAUCCAAAAGGAACGCGUGUGGAUUCCUCCAAUUACAUGCCUCAGCUCUUCUGGAAUGCCGGCUGUCAGAUGGUUGCCCUUAACUUCCAAACAGUGGACCUGGCUAUGCAGAUAAAUAUGGGGAUGUAUGAAUACAAUGGGAAGAGUGGCUACAGAUUAAAGCCAGAAUUCAUGAGGAGACCUGACAAGCAUUUUGAUCCUUUUACCGAAGGCAUUGUGGACGGGAUAGUAGCCAACACUUUAUCUGUUAAGAUUAUUUCUGGUCAGUUUCUGUCUGAUAAGAAAGUUGGGACUUACGUGGAAGUGGAUAUGUUUGGUUUGCCUGUGGACACAAGGAGGAAGGCAUUUAAGACCAAGACCUCACAAGGAAAUGCAGUAAAUCCUGUCUGGGAAGAAGAACCUAUUGUGUUCAAAAAGGUAGUUCUUCCUUCUCUGGCCUGCUUGAGGAUAGCAGUUUAUGAAGAAGGAGGUAAAUUCAUCGGCCACCGGAUAUUGCCAGUGCAAGCCAUUCGACCAGGCUAUCACUACAUCUGCCUGAGAAAUGAAAGGAACCAGCCUCUCAUGCUGCCGGCUCUCUUUGUCUACAUAGAAGUGAAAGACUAUGUGCCAGACACAUACGCAGAUGUCAUUGAAGCUUUAUCAAACCCAAUCCGAUAUGUGAAUCUGAUGGAGCAGAGAGCUAAGCAACUGGCUGCUUUGACGCUAGAAGAUGAAGAAGAAGUAAAGAAAGAGGCUGAUCCUGGGGAAGCACCUUCCGAGGCACCGAGUGAAGCCAAGACCACCCCAGCAGAAAAUGGAGUGAAUCACACUUCAUCCCUGGCCCCUAAACCACCCUCCCAAGCUCUGCAUAGCCAACCAGCUCCAGGUUCUGUAAAGGCACCUGCAAAAACAGAAGAUCUUAUUCAGAGUGUACUAACAGAAGUGGAAGCACAAACUAUUGAAGAGCUAAAGCAACAAAAAUCAUUUGUGAAACUUCAGAAGAAGCACUACAAAGAAAUGAAAGACCUGGUUAAGAGACACCACAAGAAAACUACUGACCUUAUCAAAGAACACACUACAAAAUACAAUGAGAUUCAGAAUGACUACUUGAGAAGGAGGGCAGCUUUGGAAAAGACGGCCAAAAAGGACAGUAAGAAAAAAUCAGAACCUAGCAGCCCUGACCAUGGCUCAUCAACGAUUGAGCAAGACCUUGCUGCCCUGGAUGCAGAAAUGACUCAAAAGUUAAUAGACUUGAAGGACAAACAACAGCAGCAGCUACUUAAUCUUCGACAAGAACAAUAUUAUAGUGAAAAAUACCAGAAGCGGGAACAUAUUAAACUGCUCAUUCAAAAGUUGACAGAUGUUGCUGAAGAAUGUCAGAACAAUCAGUUAAAGAAGCUCAAAGAAAUCUGUGAGAAAGAGAAGAAGGAGUUAAAGAAGAAGAUGGAUAAAAAGAGGCAGGAGAAGAUAACAGAAGCUAAAUGCAAAGACAGAAGCCAAAUGGAAGAGGAGAAGACAGAGAUGAUCCGGUCGUACAUCCAAGAGGUGGUGCAGUACAUCAAAAGGUUAGAAGAGGCACAGAGCAAACGGCAAGAAAAACUCGUGGAGAAACACAAGGAGAUCCGGCAGCAGAUCCUGGAUGAAAAGCCCAAGCUGCAGAUGGAGCUAGAGCAGGAAUACCAAGACAAAUUCAAGAGACUGCCUCUGGAGAUUUUGGAGUUUGUGCAGGAAGCCAUGAAAGGGAAGAUCAGUGAAGACAGCAAUCAUGGUUCUGCCCCUCCUCCUGUGGCCUCAGACCCUGGGAAAGUUAACCACAAGCCUCCCUCCAGUGAGGAGGUGGAAGGAGACAACCCAGGAAAAGAGUUUGAUACUCCGCUGUGACUGCUCCUGCCAGGCCUUUAGGAUAUGCAUGGCUGCUCAAGCCCCAUCGGACUCUCUUAUUACACAGAUCACUGCCCAGAACUCUCUUCCUCAGAAACAUCCCUCAGCCUAAAACCCACACCCAUGGGCGUUCCAGAAGGAUCCAUGCAGAAGUCCCAUACCCAGGUUCCAUUUGUCAUGUGGAAAUGACUGCAGGUCUACUAGGGAAGAGUGCAUGUAGGUGGGAUGUUUGUGUUGUCUCCAGUAGUAAAUUCAAAGCAGGCAACUUCCAAGCUCCAUGGAACAUUUAAUGAAGGACACUGUCUUCUUUGAAGAAAAUUGAGCUUGUCUCUCUAUUUGAAGCUCUGAUGUAAAGUAUUUCAAAGUAAUAGAAAUAGUUUCAUAAUGCAUAGCACUAUUUAACACAUUGAACAGCUGACUUUGAGCAUUUUUUUCCCAACUGCCCCUCAACUACAUAUCUUCAAGUGGAUAUGCAUAUUAAAUUGCUUCAUCUUUUCCUUUGCAAGCACUGGUGGCUUGCAGUUUGCUAAUUUAUUUACCAUACAAACAUCGUGUAUUCGUUGCUGACAUGGCUUUGUUAGCUACCAUAGUGAUGCAAAUAAGCUGGUUUUCUUUUUUCAAAAAUAUCAUUUCAUUGCCCAGUGAGGCCAUCCCAAGACUGAGCAAUAUGAAUUGACUGACAUCUGGCUGCAUGAGCAAGCUAGCUGUGCAUUUCCAGGCACUGUUCUACCUGAACUGACUCUGCACUCAAAGUUGGGGUAUUCAUAUGAUUAAUAGCUACAAAUGGUCCAUUCUGUUGAAUGAAAAUGAUUGAACUGAUGUAUGUUAAGCAAAAAUUCAAUCAUAGUGAAUAGGUUCCAGUGGUAAUUUUGCUGUCUGACAUUGUUUUAUGGUUCAUUUAUUUUUAAUAUAGAAAAGACAAUAUUUAUCUAGAGAAUACAUAAACCCACUAUAAAUGAUAUAUAUUAUCUCCAUGUAUAUAUGUAUGCACUCAGCCAUUUAAGUGCAUAUGCAGACACACACACACACACACACUAAAUGUAGAUGUGUGUUUAAUUGGCAGUGACUCAAAUCUCUUCCACAAGGAAAUAUGGAUAGAGAAAAAAAGGUCUAACAUGUAGUUUAAAUGAAUAUUAAAUUAUGUGGAAAUACUAAGAAACGAUUGAUGGAUCCAUUGAUGCAAGUUGAGGUAGACUUAGAAUUUAGACUAUGAAUUUGAUAUGUAUUUUACAGAAUCAAAAAUUGAAUUUUAAGCAUCAGAUUUUAAGCUUGUUUAAUGGUUAGAUUGUAUAAAAAUGUAUAGGCUAAUAAAAUGAAAAUUUAUAGUAUCUUCCAUAAUUUUAAAGUCUGACAGAUGUUAAUUUUAUUCUAACAUUUCAAAAGCUUUCAUUAUAUAUUUACUGUGUGCAUUCAAUCCACUUAACUGUGUCUUUUUACAUUUCUGUUUUAGGUGGCUUAAGAGAAACAGUGAUGGUAAAAGUGAUUGAAAAUAUUGUUGAAAGGUCUAAUCAAGGAAGAGUAACUAUAUAGAGAAAAAUAUAAUUUAGAAAGUAACACAAAGAACUUUGAAGUUAAACACCAGAAGCAAAAUGCUCAUAGCUUUAUGUUAAUUUAAAAUAAACCUGUCUGAGUGUAGCUUAGCAAAACAUUUUAAAACAGAAAAACCAGUGUGUCUUGAAAAUUGUGUUUUAAGAAUUUAAUAUUUUUAUGGAAAUUAUUUAUCUUUAAGCAAUAACUAGGGAUCACAAUUACAUUUUAAUCAAAAUGAAGGCUUAAUUCAAACAUUAGGAAAAAGUAUAAAAAGAAGUAAUGAGGCACAAGGGGAAAAUCGCAUCCUCUUUGGAGAUGAUUAUAUUUUGAUUGGAAGGACUUAGUGUGUUAAUUAGACACUUAAUAAAACCUAACUUCCACUGAAAGAGAAAUCUUUUGUAAAUCAUUCUACUUUAGCACUUUGAAAGAAAGGCAUUAAUCAUAAAGAAGCAAGAAUGGUCAAAACUGAAUGCUGCAUUUUUAUAAACAAAAUCACAGAUUGUCUAAAAUUGCAGAAGAGUGAACUAAUAUCAUUCAUAAGCAAACACAAUGAUGGUUAUUACACAAUAUUGUAUCACAUUUUAGUCCAGAGCUAAACAAAGAAAGAUUGAAUAACCUUGACUUCCACAAAACGGUUUUGGUAGUUGAAUUUCAUUAUCUUAGUGACUCUAGUCAUUUUACAAUAUGUUUGUAUUUGGCCAUUUACUGUAAUCACAUUUUUAUAUCUGUACAACGACACUUUUUGCAGUUGUGGGGUAGUGUGUAACACUGUCCAUCUUGCAUCAUUGAAACUACUACAGUGAUAUUAUCAUUUAAUAAUAUUACUUGAAAUAGACUAAGAUAAAGAAAAAGGAUCUAUAUGAUGUGCAGUUUUGUGCCUUUAUGUAUUUGCCUUGUUCUUUGUUGAAUGUGUGAAAUUCUGUACUGUGGUUUUUCCUCUAAUAGGGAGUAGAGCUGUGUAUUGAAUUUGACUGUGUCCCUCUGAUACCUUUACACUACUGAGAAUAACGUGGUUUUGGCUGUGCAAACCAGUUUUCAAAGUUCUAUUGACUUGCCAUGUGUUUUUGGUUUGUAACAUUUCAUUUUAACAUUUCAGCAUCACCACCCAUUAAUUGAUACUCCUCUAGUAAAUAAAUAGUCAUUAAAUAAUUCCAAAAAAAGGGCCAUUGCUUGCGUUACUUUGGACUUAAUGUUGUGCUUGUGCAUUGUAUUAAUAUUGUUUGUAAUGGAUUGGACAUUGUGACUUUUGUCUUUUAAGAAGAAACAAUGAGAUAGGACAAAGUAUUUGAAGCUCUUUAAAAUGUACAUAUUUUGGUUCCUCUAUCUCAAAUUAUUUAAAAUGCAUAAUUCACAUUUUUGUAAUAAUUCUAUGCAAUUUUGUGGCAUGAUGUUUCUUCCACUGGUAAUUUUAUGUGCUUUCAUCACAAAUCCAAAGG